AGCAAUCGUAAUCCUCGAUGAACAAGUCGAUUUGGAAACUUUUUCUUCUCUGCUUUUAAAACGACUUUCUCAUGCAAUCACUUAAAUGUUUAAAGCGCGCAAGCGUAGGCGGAAAGAGAAUUUAUUUCAUCGACUACUUUUUUUGCUGCAGACAGUCGUGAUUCAACUCGCAUAUAAGUUUCAUAUUAACGGUAGUAAUUCUGAUGAUAGAAGCAGUUCAAGAGUAAUUUUCCAGAGAAAAAAAAUUGCCAUCCCCCAAACGUUUUUAAAAAUAAAAAAAAAAUGCUGCGUGACAAAUAUUAUCAAGAUGAUAUUACAUUUAUCACGCAAUUAACGCGUAACGUUUUAAGCACACUUGGAGUCUGGCCGCCUUUGAACAGAAAAAGAACUAUCAUGGAAAGAAUUCACAAGUUUCUAUUAAUAUGUAUAACUUACGCUCUUCUUUAUUCCGUUCUGAUUCCCGGUUUUCUAUUUUGGUUCUUCGAAAAAAGAACACAUGUCAAAAUUCAAAUGAUUCCUCUACUUCUUUUCGGCUUUAUGACCGUAACUAAAUACGGUAAUUUAAUAUUCCGCGAAAGGCAAAUCAAACGCUGUUUAAAACACAUCGAAGAAGAUUGGAGAAAUGUUAUCAAUAUGAACGCACGAAAUAUGAUGAUUGAAUCCGCGAAAACCGCAAAACGCCUAGUUGCACUUUGCGGAGCCUUUAUGUAUAGCAGCGGACUUUCCUUCCGAUUAAUUUUACCAUUUGUAAAGGGAAAAAUAAUUAACGCACAAAAUAUCACUAUUAGACCUUUACCAUGUCCAGGAUAUUUUUUGUCCUUCAAUUCACAAGCCAGUCCUAGUUAUGAGAUUAUUUUCGCAAUACAGAUCUUAUCGGGUUUAGUUACCUUCUCAAUCACAACGGGUGUAUGUGGACUUGCUGCCAUAUUCGUGAUGCAUGCCUGCGGUCAGUUAAAAAUUUUGAUAGAGCUAAUGAGAUAUCUCGUUGAAAAUCAGCAAGAAAGAGAAGAUGCAAAUAAGAAACUAGCCGCAGUAGUGGAACAUCAAAUAAGAAUACGAUAGAAUGGGAAAAAAGUAAUACAAUAGCUAUGUGUUCU